GCGGGGCGAGGGCGGCGCGACGUUCCCGGCCUGGUGUCCUGUUUCCGCAGCCCCCGCCGCCUACCUUGCUCCGGCGGGCCGGGUGCGGCCCCAUGUACCGCGCGCUGUAUGCGUUCCGCUCGGCGGAGCCCAACGCUCUGGCGUUCGCCGCGGGCGAGACCUUCCUGGUGCUGGAGCGCAGCAGCGCGCACUGGUGGCUGGCGGCGCGGGCGCGCAGUGGCGAGACGGGCUACGUGCCGCCCGCCUACCUGCGCCGCCUGCAGGGCCUGGAGCAGGAUGUCCUCCAGGCUAUCGACCGGGCCAUUGAGGCUGUGCACAAUGCAGCCAUGCGGAAUGGUGGCAAGUACAGCCUGGAGCAGCGUGGAGUCCUCCAGAAGCUGAUCCACCACCGGAAAGAGAUCUUGUCCCGCAGAGGCCCCUCAGCCUCCAGCCCUGCAUCUAUGACCCCAUCCACCAGUGACCACUAUCUGGAUGCUGCUGCUGCCAGGCAGCCCAAUGGCGUGUGUCAAGCAGGGUUUGAGCGGCAGCACAGCCUGCCCAGUUCUGAGUAUCUUGGGGCAGAUGGAGGCCUCUACCAGAUCCCAUCACAGCCUCGCCGAGCAGCACCUGCCACGCCACCCCCACCCGUGAAGCGCCGAGACUGUGAGGCCCUGGUGGUCUCAGGGAGUGGUGGCCGCAACACCGCGCCCUCUGGGGACAAUUCUGUGUCCAGCGGCUCCUCAGUCAGCAGCACCUCCCUUGACACACUCUAUACCGGCUCCAGCUCAUCUGAGCUGGGCCCCAGUUGUUCAGCCACGCCCCCACCUGUGCCCCGCCGAAGCACCCAUACCACCAUGUCCCAAGCUCAGCUCCCUCCCUCCAAGUUGCCAGCCCCCGAGCCUCCUACAGAGGAGGUAGCAGUUGACACAACCUCAGCCCCUGAUGAGCUGGAGGCCCUGGGUGCGCUGAGUCUGGGGACCACAGAGGAGAAGGCAGUGGCUGAGACUGCCGUACCCAGGACCAUCGGGGCAGAGCUGAUGGAGCUUGUGCGGAGAAACACCGGCCUGAGCCAUGAGCUAUGCCGCGUGGCCAUUGGCAUUGUGGUGGGUCACAUCCAGGCCUCCGUGCCAGCCAUCUCACCUGUCAUGGAGCAGGUCCUCCUCUCGCUGGUAGAGGGCAAGGACCUGAGCACUGCCUUGCCCUCAGGGCAGGUCUGUCAUGACCAGCAGCGGUUGGAAGUGAUCUUUGCAGACCUGGCUCGGCGGAAGGACGAUGCCCAGCAGCGCAGCUGGGCACUGUAUGAGGAUGAGGGUGUCAUCCGCUGCUACCUGGAGGAGCUGCUGCACAUUCUGACUGACGCAGACCCUGAAGUUUGCAAGAAAAUGUGCAAGAGAAACGAAUUCGAAUCUGUCCUGGCCUUGGUGGCCUACUACCAAAUGGAGCACCGGGUGUCACUCCGGCUACUGCUGCUCAAGUGCUUUGGCGCCAUGUGCAGCCUGGAUGCAGCCAUCAUCUCCACACUUGUGUCAUCAGUGCUGCCUGUGGAGCUGGCGCGGGACAUGCAGACAGACACGCAGGAUCACCAGAAACUCUGUUACUCCGCCCUCAUCCUGGCCAUGGUCUUCUCCAUGGGGGAGGCAGUGCCCUACGCACACUAUGAGCACCUGGGCACGCCCUUUGCCCAGUUCCUGCUGAGCAUUGUCGAGGACGGGCUGCCCUCGGAUACCACAGAACAGCUGCCGGAUCUCUGCAUGAACCUGCUUCUGGCUCUCAACUUACACCUGCCAGCCCCUGACCAGAACGUCAUCAUGGCUGCCCUGAGCAAACAUGCCAAUGUCAAGAUCUUCUCCGAGAAGCUGCUGUUACUCCUGAACAGAGGAGACGACCCUGUGCGCAUCUUCAAACAUGAGCCUCAGCCGCCACACUCCAUCCUCAAGUUCCUGCAGGACGUGUUUGCCAGCCCUGCCACGGCUGCCAUCUUCUACCACACGGACAUGAUGGCGCUCAUCGACAUCACUGUGCGGCACAUCGCGGACCUGUCACCUGGAGACAAGGUGCCUGGAGGUGGCUGCAGCGGGGAUGGUAGCUGUGUAGAAACUGAAACAAAAUGGGGGGACAUGACACUGAAUGGAGACGAGGGACAAGGGCAUUGCUGGAGCCAGCUGCGCAUGGAGUACCUCUCCCUGAUGCAUGCUGUGAUCCGCUCCACACCCUACCUGCAGCACUGCCACCGGCUACCCGACCUGCAGGCCACACUACGACGCAUCCUGACCGAGGAGGAAGCCUCGCCCCAAUGCCAGAUGGACCGCAUGAUUGUCCGAGAGAUGUGCAAGGAAUUCCCAGUGCUCGGCAAGGCCCCCAGCUAGCACCUUCCUCUCCUCUUCCCUGCAGUCCUGGGCAGGGUGCAGGGAACUUGGAGGCUUGGCCCUAAGAAUGUUUUGCACUGACAGUGUGAGGGGAAGUGGUGGUGGAAAGGACCUGAGCAGGGCCCGCACCUGAAGUAGAGAUAAUGUGAGGGGCCAAGUGCAGGUUUGGGGACCACGCUCUGGGAGCUAUGCUGGGGUAGGGGGAAUGUGUCAGCUGAAGCCCCUCCAUCUCCCAGUGGGCUGCCUCUUCAGCAUGCCUGCCUCCCAACAUACACAUGCAUACUCAGAGUCCUGCUGCUGCUCCAGGCUGGGCCAGAACCCCCAUCCCCACCCUGCCUGGUCUGUGUCCUGGGCCUCAGCAAGCCAUGUCCUUGGGGUGAGGGGGGGCACCUUCCGCCAGCUCUGUUCUUUGCCUUAGCUUUGCAGUGAGUGCUGCUCAUGUGCUCCCCCAGCCCCACUCCCCAUGGGGGCCACUGCCCCUCACUCCCACCCCCAGGAGUCUUGGCCAGGCUGCUGCUGUGAAAGCAGAAUCUUGGAGAUAGACCAUCCAUCCCGGAGCCUCAGAAUGGGAUGAUGGUGCUGAAAAGUGACAGAAUCUAUUUUCUCUGUAAAAAUGUAGACUAAAAAGCCAUGUAUAUUGUUCUACGUGCUGCAGCUCACCUUUGGAAAUAAAUCACAGGCAUCUGGAAA